AUGUCGGACGACGAUUUUAUGCUCGAGGACGAUGAAGAGGAAGAUUACAAUUUUGAUUAUGAAGAUGACGAUCCAGAAGAACCUGACCUUCUUGCCUUAAACCUAAUAUGGUUUAUUUCAUCGUUUGAUCCAGCUCGAAAAGAGGAAGAUCCUGCUGGUGCUAUUAGAGAGUUUCAGAGUGUGGUGGAUACAGAACAGGAGAAAGGCGAUUGGGGUUUCAAAGCACUCAAACAGAUGGCAAAACUAUCUUUUAAAGCUGGUGAUCAUGAAUCAACUCUCAGAUACUAUAAGCAACUUCUUUCCUAUACGAAGUCAGCAGUAACGCGAAAUUACAGUGAAAAAAGCAUAAAUAAUAUACUGGAUUUCAUUUCUUCUUCCCAAGAUAUGAGUUUCAUGGAAGAGUUUUAUUCAACAACCCUGAGUGCAUUGGAAGAGGCUAAGAAUGAGAGGUUAUGGGUAAAGACUAAUCUCAAAUUGGCAAAACUCUGGCUUGAUAGAAAAGAAUAUAAUAGGUUAAACAAGAUCUUACGUCAGCUCCAUUUAUCGUGUCAAAAAGAUGAUGGAACUGACGAUCAACGUAAAGGGACACACUUACUGGAAAUUUUCGCGCUUGAGAUUCAAAUGUAUACUGAAACGAAAAAUAACAAAAAAUUAAAGGCUCUAUAUCAACAAUGUCUUCACGUCAAAUCUGCAAUCCCACAUCCACGUAUAAUGGGUGUUAUUCGUGAAUGUGGUGGUAAAAUGCACAUGGGAGAGAAGGAAUGGGACAAAGCACAAACCGAUUUCUUUGAAUCUUUUAAAAAUUAUGAUGAAGCUGGUAGUCCUCAACGUAUACAAGUUCUUAAGUACCUCGUUCUUGCAAAUAUGUUGACAGAAUCGCAAAUUAAUCCUUUUGAUUCUCAAGAGACAAAGCCAUACAAAAAUGAUCCUCAAAUUGUAGCAAUGACUAAUCUAGUUAGUGCAUAUCAACGCAAAGAAAUUCGGGAAUUCGAGAAAAUCCUAAGAGAUAAUCGAGCGACCAUUAUGGAUGAUCCUUUCAUCCGUACAUAUAUCGACGAUGUUCUCAAGAAUAUUAGGACUCAAGUACUGCUUCGUCUUAUUAAGCCAUACACGCGAAUAGAGAUACCAUUUGUGUCAAAACAACUCAAUAUUCCUGCACAAGAUGUUGAAGACUUGCUUGUUGGUCUCGUUCUUGAUCAAAAAAUUAAAGGAUGCAUUGAUCAGGUCAUCUGA